AUGAGUAAAGAACAGUUUAUUUGCACAUCAAAUGAUAUUGUAAAACUCUAUGGAAAUAUUUUGUCAUCAAAUUUUGUAACUGAAGCCACAACAUGGUAUGAAAAUAUGUGGAAUAAUGGUGAAAAACCAUUAGAUUCUAUUGAAUACUUAGAUUUGAUCGAAAUGUCAAAAGAUUUUUAUCCAGCUGUAGCCGACGCAAUCAAGAUCGGAGCAACUCUUCCAACAACAACUUGCAGCAUUGAACGUUCAUUCAGUACUUUAAGACGAGUCAAGACAUGGAACAGAGCCACUAUGGGUGAUAACCGAUUGUCCGGAUUGUGUAUGAUGAGUGUACAUAGAAAAAGACUAGGAGAGGAUACCAAAUUCAUUGAAAAUUCAAUUGAAGAAUUUGGAAAAAACCUAGGCGUUUGCAAUUAUUAUUUAAAAAAUAAUUAUUAUAUUACAUAA